AGCUCUCCUGACUGUGAAUAUAAACCAGAGCUUCAGGUAAGGUCUCUCAUCGACAAGAUCAUUCAGCAACCAUGAUGUCUCUAGUCUUUGUUCUGCUCAUCGGAGCUGCUUUCGCCAUCGACGACGACAAGAUCGUCGGAGGGUAUGAGUGCACCCCCCACUCCCAGCCCCAUACGGUCUCUCUGCAGUCUGGCUACCACUUCUGUGGAGGCUCUCUGGUCAACGAGGACUGGGUUGUGUCUGCUGCUCACUGCUACAAGUCUCGUAUUGAGGUUCGUCUUGGAGAGCACCACAUCAAGGUCAACGAGGGAACCGAGCAGUUCAUCAGCUCCUCCCGCGUCAUCCGCCACCCCAGGUACAGCUCCUACAACAUCGACAACGACAUCAUGCUGAUCAAGCUGAGCAAGUCCGCCACCCUCAACCAGUACGUGACGCCUGUGGCUCUGCCCACCAGCUGUGCCCCCGCUGGCACCAUGUGCAAAGUCGCCGGCUGGGGCAACACCAUGAGCUCCAGUGCUGACCGCAACAAGCUGCAGUGCUUGAACAUCCCCAUCCUGUCCGACAGGGAUUGUGAUAACUCUUACCCCGGCAUGAUCACUGACGCCAUGUUCUGCGCUGGAUACCUGGAGGGAGGCAAGGACUCUUGCCAGGGUGACUCUGGUGGCCCCGUCGUGUGCAACGGUCAGCUGCAGGGUGUUGUGUCCUGGGGCUACGGAUGUGCCGAGAGAGAUCACCCCGGUGUCUACGCCAAGGUCUGCCUCUUCAACGACUGGCUGGAGAGCACCAUGGCCAGCAACUAAGUGAUCAAAGUUGAUCAUCAAGUUCAGUCAACAGCUCAACACCCUGUCUGUUCAUGUUCCAUCUUUUUGUACUGGACACUAUGACAAAUAAAAAAAUGAAAGCACAACA